AUGUCAAGGCAAAAACAAUACUUUGAACAAAGGAAACAAAAAGAAAAGGGAGCAGUUGCUGAGGGUCAUAUUGUUGAAACUACCAUAGCUGGACGACAUCAAAAGGAAUGUCAAUCUCUGGAUAUCCUUAACUUGCUAGACCUUUCAACUGUUUCUGCUGAAGGGAGUCAUGGUAAGUUUGGUGCUUCGACUUUGAAGUAUCAAAUGCCAAAGGAUCCAGCAAUAAUCAUUUCAAGUUUAGUCCCCCCUUAUUCUGUUAAAAUCAAGGAAACAUGUGCUCCACCAUCAAGCUACCAAGGGGAGUUACAAUACCCAAAGGUUUCUUUUGGGGAUCAUGACAAUUAUGAUUUAAAUGUUGCCAAUAAUAGUCUGGAUCUGAAGAAUGCAGCCACUGAGAACCAACUAUCUGUUUUCGACAUGCUUAUUAGUGAUGAAUCAGAAGUGAGUUCAGAGAGAAGGCUGGUUCAUGAAGCUCAUGUUGCAUUUUCAGUUGAAGGUUUAGGUAAAAUCAGAACAGAGACUCCAUUGCACUCCCCAAAGAAAAAGGGCAGCCUUUCCAGAAACAGUAAGUGUUCUUUUGGUGACACUGACAUUUCCUACAACAUAAGGGAAGAUAUAUGGGAUGGUAAAUCUUAG